AUGUAUCAUUCUCCGCUCACAAGAAUGGGUCGCGAAGAUACCCGUAUCUACGUUGGGAACCUUCCAUCAGAUGUUCGUGAGAAGGAUAUUGAGGACAUAUUUGCGAAAUACGGAAAAAUUCGUUUCGUCGACAUUAAAGGAGGUCGUGGACCACUUUAUGCAUUUGUAGAAUUCGAAGACUAUCGUGAUGCGGAGGAUGCUGUAAGGGGAAGAGACGGUUAUGAUUUCGAUGGGUGCCGUAUCCGAGUGGAGUUCACGCGCGGAGUUGGACCACGUGGUCCUGGUGGACGUCCGAUGAACCCUGCCUAUGCAAGGGAUUGGCCUGCACCUCGUCGCGGUGGACCUCCAUCGCGUCGUUCGAAUUUCCGUGUUAUCGUCGAGGGACUUCCGCCAACGGGAUCCUGGCAAGAUCUGAAGGAUCACCUUCGUGAAGCUGGUGAUGUUUGCUAUGCUGAUGUCGCUCGAGAUGGAACUGGCGUUGCAGAAUUCACCCGUUAUGAUGAUAUGAAAUAUGCCGUUCGAAAACUCGAUGACACCAAGUUCCGAUCUCACGAGGGUGAGACAGCUUACAUUCGUAUUCGAGAGGAUACGAGCGUUGGGCCUCGCAGCCGCUCGAGGAGCCGUUCACGCAGUCCUCUCGCUCUCGCGAAUGAGCGCCAGCUGGACGGACAUACAUACUUCUGCGAUGACCAUCAAAAUAAUGCCUCCACUCAAAGGAGGAGGAGGAUGAAGGAGAAGGAGAAGGAUAUGAUGAAUGGAGGAUAUAUCUCUAUCUCUAAAGGACACAUUCAAUAG